AUGGCUGAAGAAGCAGAUGCUCUUUCUCAAUUUGGUAUAUCGAAGGAGGAAACGGAUAAGCUUGUUUCGGAGGUGAUUAGAUUCAUACUCUUCAAGUCCCAUCAAAACUCAGGAUGCCCAAUUAAAAGAGAAGAUUUGACUCAGAUUGUUACCAAGAACUAUCGUCAGCGAAACCUCGCCACUUCCGUGAUCAGCGAAGCUAAGACCAAGCUCUCUACUGUGUUUGGUUAUGAUUUGAAAGAGCUUCAACGCUCCAGGACUUCUUCUAAUGCUCAAACAAGGCUUCCUCAGUCACAGAGUAAUGCUGCUGACUCGAAAUCGUAUGUGCUUGUGAGUCAAUUGCCGAUUGAAGUGUUUAGGAAACAUGUGGUUGAAGAAACAACAAGUCCUAUGACUGGCUUUACGUUUGCUGUUCUUGCUGUUGUGCAGCUUGCAGGAGGGAAAAUACCUGAAGAAACCCUUUGGCAUCAUUUGAGGAGAAUGGGACUGCACGAAAGUGAUGAGCAUAAUCCUGUGUUUGGGAACAACAAGCAAGCUUUAGAGACCUUAGUCCAACAAAGGUUCUUGCAGAAGGAUAAAGUAAGUGGCCCAGAGGGUAGUACUCUGUUCUACGAUCUUGCUGAGAGAGCUUUAGAUGCGCAAGUUAGCGAGAGAGUAAAAGAUUAUAUUUCACAGAUCCUGAAGAAUGACAUCUCUGUUGUAGAGCUCGACUGA